AUGAGCUCCUGGACCGCCUCUGUAGCAACCCCGGGCGGGGCUUUUGCCUUCUUCUUGUCGAGCCGGGCGCUACGACGAGCGGGCGCGACCGGCACGCCCCCCUUGCCCCUAUGGGUGGCCGGAGUAGACAGCAACGGGGCGGGCGGCUCCCCGGCGACGCUGGCGAGGAAAGACUCCAGGGGGUUCCCAAUUGGAGGCUCGACGACGACAGUGGGGGGGGGGAGGGGUCGCGGCGACGAGGAUCUCUACCGGGCCACUCCCAGCUGCAAUGACCGAGUGGACAGCGACCGGCUCAGGCCUGAUCACGAGGGCGGCGGAGAGAAGCGCAGCGACAAGGAGCCCGACAGGGUCACCCCCAGCAUCGCACAUCGCGUGGCCAGCAUCGACAGGCAGGGCCAGAGGCGAAGCAUCAUCGUUCGGUGGCGGAUCAGGGGCGGACCAGGCUUCAACCCCCGGCGUGUCAAGGCUCCGCACGUCCGGGGACAGGGCGAGUCCCGCAAAGCAGGCCGACAGCGUAGGCAGGGCGGCCACCGCCGAACCCUCCUCCACCACGCCAACAGCCGCGCCAGCCAGCAAGGAUGGGCUGGCCGGGCCGCCAGCCGCCGACGCAUGGCAGAGAAUUCCGAGCGUAGCGGAGCGAGCGCGGUGUCGAUAGCCGCCGACAGCUCGGACCGAAGUAGGCGGGCGUGGUCCACCAGCGGGAGGCGAGGCCCCGCAGUAGCGCCGCCGUCGGACAGAAGGUGCAGCUUUCCGCAUGCCACCGGGUCGACCUCCAUCGCCAUGACAGGAGACGCAGCGCCCACGGGGGAGCCCACACGGCGACGUCCAUGACGCGCCGAAUCCACGUCGCGAUGUCGAGGAGAGCGGGUGCGCUCCCUGCGCCCGUCCAAGGCCGAGUCGUUGGAGCG